AUUAUUUGGGACUAAUGGUAUCACUUUGAAAACAUGUAGAAGACUAGGUUCUGCUGGCGACUCGCAUUUGGCCUCCAUGUGAAAUUAAAGUAGAAAAUCCCACCUACACGUGUGUUGCUGUCAGGAUGCUGACUCAUUGGCCACGCCUGAAGAGGGGGAUUCUGUUCUAGAGCCUGUCAGAAAGAUCAAUGCUACCCCUCGAUCCCACUCCUCUCCUUGCUGCCGGCGUGAGAAUCCCCUCCAGGUACCAGCGGAGCAUCAGCUAAGAAGAUGCUUCACCAUCUAAAGAUGUCAGCAACCUAAAUCCAUGCACCCUGUCUGUCCAGCUGCCGUGGGUGGUCUACCAUCUGAAAGCUCAAGCUCUCCUCCAGGCCCUGUAUCUGUCUCGGAAAUGUCUCUGCUUCAUGCUUUGGGUCCAGUGCAGACCUGGCUGGGACAAGAGCUCGAGAAAUGUGGCAUUGAUGCCAUGAUUUAUACUCGGUAUGUCCUCAGUCUUCUGCUGCAUGACAGCUAUGACUACGACCUGCAGGAACAGGAGAAUGACAUCUUCCUGGGCUGGGAAAAAGGAGCUUAUAAGAAAUGGGGAAAGAGUAAGAAAAAGUGCUCAGAUCUGACGCUAGAAGAAAUGAAAAAACAAGCUGCCGUCCAGUGUCUUCGAUCUGCUUCUGACGAGAGCUCUGGAAUUGAGACUUUAGUGGAGGAGCUCUGCUCCCGACUGAAAGACCUGCAGAGUAAACAAGAAGAGAAGAUUCACAAAAAGUUAGAGGGGUGUCCUUCUCCAGAGGCAGAAUUAUCCCCUACAGCAAAGGAUCAAGUGGAAAUGUACUAUGAAGCAUUUCCACCACUUUCAGAGAAACCAGUUUGCCUGCAAGAGAUCAUGACUGUGUGGAACAAGUCUAAAGUCUGCUCUUCCUCCGGCUCCUCGUCGUCGUCCACAGCCCCGCCGGCCAGCACAGACACGUCGUCUCCCAAGGACUGCAACAGUGAAGGCGAAGCCAGCAAGGAACGAAGCGAUGAAGUACCCACCGCUGCACACGAGAAAGCCCCGAGCAGAAGUAAAAAUGAGAAGGAGAACAAAUUUGGUAAUGGCACAAUUGAAGAAAAGCCUGCUUUGUACAAAAAGCAAAUCCGACAUAAACCUGAAGGAAAGAUUCGCCCUCGCUCGUGGUCUUCCGGCUCUAGUGAAGCAGGUUCAAGUUCGAGCGGUAAUCAGGGAGAAUUCAAAGCAUCCAUGAAGUGUGUGAAAGUAAGACACAAGACACGAGAAAUCCGAAACAAAAAAGGGCGGAAUGGGCAGAGCAGGCUUUCACUGAAGCAUGGCGAAAGGGCGGAGAGGAAUACCCACGUGGGCGGCGGCAGCAGCAGCAGCGGCUCCGGCAGGCAGCUGUGCAGACGGGCUAAAAGACCGUUAAAGGAGGUGGGCAGGAGAGACACGGAUGGCACGGAGGGCAGAGACCUGUACCUAGACAGCAGAAACGAUAAGGAGUAUAAGGAGGAGCCACUGUGGUACACUGAACCAAUUGCAGAAUAUUUUGUUCCUUUGAGCAGGAAAAGUAAACUUGAGACCACGUACCGAAACAGACAAGAUGCGCGGGAUCCGACAGGAGAGGCAGUAGAAGAAUUGUCUGACUCAGUGCACAGUCUUUGUAUCAGCAACAGUAAUAUUCAUAAAACAUACCUCGCAGCAGGUACUUUCAUUGAUGGUCAUUUUGUAGAAAUGCCUGCAGUUAUAAAUGAGGAGAUUGACCUCACUGGGACCUCAUUCUGUUCUCUCCCAGAGGACAACAAAUACCUGGAUGAUAUUCAUCUGUCAGAAUUAACACACUUCUAUGAAGUGGAUAUUGAUCAAUCCAUGUUGGAUCCUGGUGCCUCAGAAACAAUGCAAGGAGAAAGUCGGAUUUUAAAUAUGAUUCGACAAAAAAGCAAAGAUAACACAGAUUUUGAGGCAGAAUGUUGCAUAGUGUUAGAUGGAAUGGAGUUGCAAGGGGAACGUGCAAUAUGGACAGAUUCCACCAGCUCUGCAGGCGCCGAGGGCCUGUUUCUGCAAGACCUGGGCAACCUGGCUCAGUUUUGGGAGUGCUGCUCGUCUAGCUCUGGCGAUGCCGACGGAGAGAGUUUCGGGGGAGACUCUCCGAUCAGACUCUCGCCCAUCUUAGACGGCACGGCAUUCGAGCCGCCUGUGCUCGCCGGCAGCCAGGAGCUCUUCUCAGAUGUGAAUGAAGGGUCUGGCGUCAGCUCUCAUUUUUCAGGGUUUGAAGUGCAAUGCGGUGAUUCUGUUUUACCAUUUUCUUUUGAAACACUCACCUUGGGAAAUGAAAAUACAGAUUCUAGUGCGAAUAUGCUUGGGAAAACACAGUCCAGAUUGCUAAUAUGGACCAGAAAUAGUGCCUUUGAAGAAAAUGAACACUGUUCUAAUCUUUCAACAAGAACCUGUAGUCCGUGGUCCCAUUCAGAAGAAACACGUUCAGACAAUGAGACUUUAAGUAUUCAGUUUGAAGAAUCCACGCAGUUCAAUGCAGAAGAUAUUAAUUAUGUAGUUCCUAGAGUCUCGUCAAAUUAUGUAGAUGAAGAACUUCUAGAUUUUUUGCAAGGUGAAACUUGCCAACAAAACAGUAGAACUUUAGGAGAAAUUCCUACAUUGGCUUUCCAAAAAAAAUCUAAACUAGAAUCUGUCUGUGGUAUCCAGCUAGAACAAAAAACAGAAAACAAAAGCUUUGAGACUAUACAGGUGUGUCGUGAAAGCAGUCCACACGGAGAUGGCUACAGCUCAGGGGUUAUUAAAGACAUUUGGACAAAGAUGGCCGAUGGAAAUGCUAUAGCUCGGGUAGACGUGGAAAGAGUUGCAGAUGAGCUGUUUUCAACAGAUGUAAAUAACUACUGCUGCUGUUUGGAUGCGGAAGCUAAGAUGGAGCCCCUCCAGGAGCCUAACAAGGCAGUGCAGAGGUCGGAGUACCGUCUGUGGGAGGGGCAGAAAGAGAACCUGGAGAAAAGGGCUUUUGUUUCGAAUGAGCUCUCCAAGGUGGAUGGUGGUGAUUAUACCACACCCUCUAAGCCUUGGGAUGUAGCCCAGGAGAGAGAGAACGCGUUCAUUCUCGGAGGCGUGUAUGGAGAACUGAAAACCUUUAGUAGCGAUGGGGAGUGGGCAGUUGUGCCACCCAGCCACACAAAAGGAAGUUUGUUGCAAUGCGCGGCCCCCGACGUAGUGACCAUAGCUGGUACAGAUGUCUUCAUGACCCCGGGACACAGCUUCGCUCCAGGUCACAGGCAGCUGUGGAAGCCCUUUGUGUCACUGGAACAGAAUGCCCAGCCGAAGAGUGGGGAAAAUGGGUUAAAUAAGGGGUUUUCUUUUGUCUUCCAUGAAGACUUACUAGGAGCUUGUGGUAACUUUCAAGUUGAAGAGCCUGGACUUGAAUAUUCAUUCUCUUCCUUCGACCUAAACAAUCCAUUUUCACAAGUUCUUCACGUGGAAUGUUCAUUUGAACCCGAAGGGAUUGCAUCUUUCAGCCCUGGUUUUAAACCGAAGUCAAUCCUCUGCUCCGAUUCAGACAGUGAAGUGUUUCACCCCAGGAUCUGCGGUGUGGACAGAACACAGUACAGGGCUAUUCGGAUCUCCCCUAGGACCCACUUCCGCCCAAUCUCUGCAUCUGAACUGUCCCCCGGAGGAGGAAGCGAGUCAGAGUUUGAAUCUGAGAAAGAUGAAGCGAAUAUUCCUGUUCCUCCUCAGGCGGACGCGUUUGAAGAUCCACAGGCAGAUCUCAAACCCCUGGAAGAAGAUGCAGAGAAGGAAGGCCAUUACUAUGGGAAAUCAGAGCUGGAGUCUGGGAAAUUCCUUCCCAGGUUGAAGAAAUCUGGGAUGGAAAAGAGCGCUCAGACAUCACUGGAUUCCCAGGAGGAGGCGGCAGGGGUUCUGCCAGCAGCAAAGCAGAAUCAGUGUUUGGAAUGUAGUAUGAGUGAACCUUUGGAAAUCAGUGUAGAGAGCUCAGAAGCUAAUUGUAAAAUAAUGGCACAAUGUGAGGAAGAAAUUAAUAAUUUUUGCAGUUGCAAAGCAGGUUGUCAGUUCCCUGCCUAUGAAGAUAAUCCAGUUUCUUCUGGCCCGCUGGAGGAGUUUCCCAUAUCGAACACUGAUGUACAAGGAGUGACUAGAAGUCAAGAGAAACAGACCUGGUGGGAGAAAGCCUUGUACUCUCCUCCCCUUCCUGCGGCAGAGUGUGAAGAGUGUCAUACAAAGGCCAAGGGGCAGGAUGGUGUAGAAGAGCGUCCCGAUGCUAGAGACACGCCCUGUAAUGGAGAGCGUCCGUUAGAUUUUAAUAGGGUGUCUUCUGUCUAUGAAGCGAGGUGCACAGGAGAGAGAAGCCCUGGAGCGGAACCGAGGGGCUCCCGCAGGAAGCUGUACCCCCGCACCAGCUCUGGCUCGGAGGACGCGGGCUCGGACGACCCCGGCGAGUGGGCCGGCCCCAGCGAAGAGGACCUCUUCUCUCGAACUCACCUCUAGCCCUGAGAGCAGCACACAUUCUUGCUUAAAAACAAAAUGUGAUGGGAAAUCGCCCUUUGUGAGGCCUUUAAUCUAAAGCGACAACUUAGGUUCUUCUCAAAUAACUGAGUCGGGUCAGUGAUUACCUUUCUCUUCUUGCUUAUUUUAGAGUUGAGGACAGCUGUCCUGUUGGAGAUUUUUUUUCCAAGCUGUUAAAUUCUUGGCUAUUUGAAAUAGACUAGAUUGUGUUGUCAAAUCAAGAAUGGGCCUGCAUGUGCUUGUCCCGGAAGUAGCCCUGCUCCUGCAUCUCCCUGCGGGCACUCCCCUCGACUGCAGCCAGGUCACUGUCCCCUCCUUAGCCUCGCGGUGGCUGCCACUUUCGCUCUCUGGAGACUCGAGAUCUGGACCGCGUAGGCUUUAUUCUGAGGACUGGGAUAGAGACACGCCCCCCGCAGUGGAUCAGCGCCUCCUGAAGGCGAGAGGGAGGCGUGGGCGACGGCACAGCCUCCACUCAGUCAGAUCUCACGUACGUCGGAGUAGCAGCCACAGGGCGUGCUUUAGAGACUUACAAGUACUGUUUUCUCUCUUAGGGUUUCCCCCAAAGGAUCACGGAGGGUACUAGGGUCUGUGACCUUACUGCUAAUUGCAGAAGCCAAGGAUUUGGGUGUGGGAGUGUGUGAGGCGCAGCGGGGUGAGGCACCUGGCCUGUUCCUUGCUGUCACAGUAGUGACACCAGGUCACCUUCCAGGGUCUUCGUGCCAGUCUGACAAUGUUCGGUGAGGGUCUUAGUUGCAAAUUACGAUUUUCUCAGAACUUACAUUGAAUCGAAACCCCUAGAACUCAAACUCGUAAACAUUUGACAUGCGGUAAAGGCUACCCCAUCGCCUGAAGAAACCUUGGCGGCUGCAGCUGGCUGCUCUCGUGGCUGUGACUUUGUGUGGCGUAGCUCUCCUUCGUGUUUGAGAGAAUGUCCUGGCACGUUCCGUGUGCGGCGGGUUGGGUCGGGCAGAGGACCGGUCUCCCCCAUCCCUGGGUCAUUGCCUCCUGGGCCUCCUUUCCCUCCUCCGAGGGACCCAGGCCCUAGCUCACGGGGACCUGUGCCACAGGCGGAAGUUAGGAGGAGCAAUGUUUGCAAAACCUAAACAUUUAAAAUUGUUUUUCUUUUUUAACCAACUCAUUAUUUAAAGAAAAAACUAAUGUGUGAAAUCAGUUCAGCAUGUCUGUAACAUCAGGAACGGCAGGAAAGUCUAACGUAGACAAGACGGCUUCACCACUGAUGUUGGCAGGGAGCUGAACUGGCUGAGAAAUAGAUGAUUUGCUUUGAGUGUUUGGUUUUGUUGCCUUUUUCUUAGUUGAUGACACAGAAAACUCCCCCUAAGGCUGUGGCGUCGUCCUCCCAGCACUGUGCGCUCAAAGAGACCCAAGGGCCGGGUCUGGUCUCAGCGCGGCGGGGUCUGUCCGAUACAGCAUGUCUUCUGACACUUUAAAGUGUGUGUGCGCGUGCGUGUGUGCGUGUGUGCGUGUGCGUGUAUGCUAGCGCGUGCACGCAGGCGAGAACGGUUUUACGUUGCUGUUAUUUAUUUACAGAUUUUAUAAGGUUUUAUGUAUUUUUCUUUCUUCUGGAGCUUCCUAAAAUUCAUUAGCAUCUGCACUGAAAUAUAAUUUAACAGCAAAGGCAAAAAAGAAUUGGAUGUUGUAAAUUCCUAAAAUCACUACGAUGACGAUUGUCCUAGAAAUCGUUGCUUAUGUCGCAGAGACCAAAUACAUAUAUUUCAGAUACCACCUUCAGCUCAGAUGACUGUGGACAGCUGCUUCUGAUCAGGAGCCAGCUCCAAGGGCAGAGGUGCGACUCCCUCUCCGCGCGGGAGAGGACCGCACGUCCGCGGGUGGGGUGGCCCACAGGUGGGCAAGGGGAUAGCAGAUUAUGCAUCGGUUUGUUUUCAUGGCUAAGUGGCUGGAACCCAGAGGCUUUCGGCAACAGACUUGAGAGUGUGGUUUUAGUUCUGUGAAUGGAUGAUCACGAAGACAAAGCAUCUUUAAAAAGUUGGCAAAACGCUGAGACGCACUGUGGCAUGAAGCGCGUUGCAUUCUGUAGCACUGAGGUGUCCGUCUCCAUUCCCGGCUGAGGUUUUUUUCUGUGGUUGUAUUGUUCUGAUUUCACAUACACCAGAGUAACUGAUUUUUGUUUUCUUGUGGAGUU